CGCAGUGACACACUUAGUACAUGACGUUCUUAGCUGUCUAGCAUGUUGUUUUCUUGUUAACUAUAUUUUAAAGCAUGUCUCCAGAGCUGAGUGAGUUCCUGUUUUAAACUCAGCAGAUAAAAAUCUGAAAUAUUAUUCUACAUUUAAUGACGGAAGUUUAACAGGACAGAGCUGCGUGCGCGGGCAGAAUGAAUCAGUUUGAGAAUUUGAAAGAAGAAGAAGUAGAGGAGAAGAGGAAUGUGACUGACUCUGAAUCUGUGAAUAAUAACAAUAAUAACCGGAGAAAGACAGUAACGCCAGCUCCAGGUGAACAUCCUCUACAGUAUAACUACACAUUCUGGUAUUCACGCCGGACCCCCAGCAGACCUGCAAACACACAGAGCUAUGAACAGAACAUCCGACAGAUUGGCACCGUCGCCUCGGUGGAACAGUUCUGGAAGUUCUACAGUCACCUGGUUCGUCCUGGAGAUCUGACGGGUCACAGCGAUUUCCACUUGUUCAAAGAGGGAAUUAAACCCAUGUGGGAGGAUGAAGCCAAUAAGAAUGGAGGGAAGUGGAUUAUCCGUCUACGUAAGGGUUUGGCGUCCAGAUUCUGGGAGAACAUUAUCUUGGCGAUGUUGGGAGAGCAGUUCAUGGUGGGAGAGGAGGUGUGUGGCGUUGUCGUCUCCAUACGCUUUCAGGAGGACAUCUUGUCCAUUUGGAAUAAAACAGCAAGUGAUCAGGUGACGACUUCACGCAUCAGAGACACACUGCGGCGAGUCCUGAACCUCCCUCCUAACACCAUCAUGGAAUACAAAACGCACAAUGACAGCCUCAAGGAUAACUCCAGCUUCCGCAACACAAAGAUCGCUGUGUGAUGACGGCACACACACCCCAUCUGGAAGAGGCUCUGCCCUUCCACAACAUUCCAUUCCUGUGGAAAAAAAAACUUUUUUUUUCUUUCUCCAUUUUCAUGUAAAGUGUAAUAAAUGUCUUUGCUUACA